AUGUCACUUAAAGAUUUUAAGAUUAUGUCAAAAUUAGGUUAAGUUAACUAAUAUGAUAGGUGAGGGAGCAUACUCACAAGUAUAUAAGGUGAAAAGAAUUGAAGACAAUGCAGAAUAUGCUUUGAAAAAGGUGAACUUAACAAAUUUGAGUGAUAAAGAGAAAUAAAAUGCUUUAAACGAAGUUAGAAUAUUGGCCUCUAUUAAACAUCCACAUAUAAUAAGCUAUAAAGAAGCAUUUAUUGAUAUGAAUAGUAAUUCAUUAUGGUAAUAAAAUCGAUAAUAAUAAAAAAGUAUAGUUAUGGAACUGGCAGAUAAUGGAGAUCUAUUCUAAUAGAUAUAGAAGUGUAUAAAAUCAAAUACAUUGAUGAAUGAGAAUGAUAUAUUAAAGAUAACAUUUUAAAUUGCAAGUGGUUUAAAGGCAUUACAUGAUUUGAAAAUAUUUCAUAGAGACUUAAAAAGUGCAAAUGUGUUUUUAUAAUCAAAUGGAGAUGUGAAACUGGGAGAUAUGAAUGUUUCUAAAGUAGCUAAGAAAGGACUAUUGUAUACAUAAACAGGAACACCAUAUUAUGCAAGUCCAGAAGUAUGGAAGGAUUAACCAUAUGAUUAAAAAUCAGAUAUAUGGUCGUUGGGAUGUGUAACAUAUGAAAUUGCUGCUCUUAAACCUCCAUUUAGAGCUGAAGAUAUGGAAGGAUUAUAUAAGAAAGUUAUUAGAGGUUUUAUUAUCAAUAUUCUAUAGGCUUAUAUCCAAGACUUCCAUCAUAAUAUUCAUAAGAUUUAUAAAAUGUUAUUCGAAUGAUGUUAUAAGUCUAAACUAAUUUAAGACCUACAUCUUAUGCAAUUACAGAACUACCUUAUUUUAGUAAAUUUAAAACUUAAACUAUUGAUGAUCAAAGUAAAUUGUUAAAUACAAUUAUAUUUCCAAAAAAUCAAAUUUCUAUUGCCAAUAUGCUACCUAAAGCCAAUUACAACAAUCCUAAAUUUAAAACUGAAACUCAUUAAAGUAGUGAAACCUAAGAAACUAUUAAUAGAAAUAGAUAAACUACUCUUGGAGGAGGAUCAUAAUAAUCAUCCCCUAAUCCUACUAGAAUUUCAUAAUAUCUAGCAGAAUAAGAAAUGCUUUUAAGUAUUUAUAUAUUAAUUAAAGAAUAAUAGUAUUCAGUUAAUUAUGCUGGAAAACAUAAAAAAAUACAUAAUUAUUCUGAUAGGAAUGUUAUUGCCAAAAUAUUAUUGGAUUAUUAAAAAGAAGUUCCAAUCUAUAAAUAAUUAAAAUAAAAAUAUAGAAGAUUAUCAUAAGAAGAAAAUUCUUAUUUGUAUUAAAGAAAGAUUAGUCAAUUACCAACUUUAGAAGAACAUUCUCCAAAUUAAAAAAGAAAUCCUCGAAAUCAGAGUCUUCCAACUACAAAUUUACCUAUAAUUUGA